AGUGUGUGCGCGAUAGAGACAAGGAAAGAUGGCGACACAGGAGAGCGAGUCAACUAAGGCUUCUGCGAGCAACGGCGAGGUAAAAAUGAAUGGCACUGUUGUGGCGGUGAGCAGCAAUGGCACUCCUGCAACGACAGAUGACCAGACCGUGCAGACAGCAGGAAAUGCACAGGACCCUCAGCAGCAGCAGCAGCAGCAGCAAGCGCCUAAUGCAUGGCAGGUCAUUAAAGGAGUUCUCUUUAGGAUCUUUAUAAUCUGGGCCAUCAGCAGCUGGUUCCGCCGAGGGCCGUCCACUCCCGACCCAAACACACCUGCAGGAGCCCCCAGAUUACCCAGCAGAAACCUCUUUCCCAAAGAUACUCUUAUGGACCUCUACGUGUUCAUAUCCCAGGAGGAGGUGUUCUCUGACUUCAACAAUACAGAUGCCCUGUUCUGGUUCCACAGAGACCUCGUCUAUGGAGACUGGAGCACAGGGGAGGAUGGAGAUGGCUGUUACCAGCAGUAUAAAGAGUUGGACAUCCCUGAGAAAUUGCAGCAUAACGGCUCCCUUUACAUGCAUGUGUACUUCACAAAAAGUGGAUUCCACCCAGAUCCUAAACGCAAGGGGCAGUAUCGCAGACUAGCAACAGUUCAUUCAACAAAAAUGCUUAAUAAGUUCAAACGGAGGAAGUUCCUCAAAACCAAGAAUCUGCUUACAGGCGAGACGGAGGCUGAUCCUGAGAUGAUUAAGCGAGCAGAGAGCCAUGGUCCAGUGGAGAUUAUCUCACACUGGCACCCCAAUCUCACCAUCAACAUGGUAGAUGAUCACACAGCCUGGGUGAAGGGCUCUGUUCCACCCCCUCUAGACCAGUAUGUUAAGUUUGAUGCUGUCAGUGGUGACUACUACCCCAUCGUGUACUUCAACGACUACUGGAACCUUCAGAAAGACUACUACCCCAUCAAUGAGACGCUGACCAAAUUGCCGCUGCGCCUCAACUACUGCCCGCUGUCCCUGUGGCGCUGGCAGCUUUAUGCCGCACAGAAUGCACGCUCCCCGUGGAAUUUCCUACCUGAGGAUACCUAUGAGCAGUCAGAUGAAGACCAGGACUCUGUUAAGGUUGCUCUUUUGGAAACCAACCCCUACCUACUGGGGCUCACCAUUGUUGUCUCCAUAGUGCACAGCAUCUUUGAAUUUCUGGCCUUCAAGAACGAUAUCCAAUUUUGGAAUAGCAGACAGUCUCUUGAAGGCCUGUCUGUUCGCUCCAUCAUUUUUGGGGUGUUUCAGUCCCUAGUGGUCCUCCUCUACAUUCUGGACAACGAAACCAAUUUUGUGGUGCAGGUCAGCGUCUUCAUUGGACUUCUCAUUGACCUGUGGAAAAUCACCAAGGUCAUGGAUGUCAGAUUGGACAGAGAGAACAAAAUUGCCGGAGUGAUCCCAAGAUUAGUAUUCAAAGACAAGUCAACAUACGUGCAGUCUUCAACCAAAAUUUACGAUGAUAUGGCCUUCAAGUACCUGUCAUGGCUGCUCUAUCCUCUGUUUGGCUGCUAUGCGGUCUAUAGUUUAUUGUAUGUAGAGCACAAAGGGUGGUACUCGUGGGUACUCGGCAUGCUUUAUGGCUUCUUGUUAACCUUUGGUUUCAUUACAAUGACGCCACAACUAUUCAUCAACUACAAAAUGAAAUCUGUAGCCCACCUCCCAUGGAGGAUGCUCACCUACAAGGCUCUGAACACUUUCAUUGAUGACCUCUUUGCCUUCGUCAUCAAGAUGCCCAUGAUGUACAGGAUAGGAUGCCUCAGAGAUGAUGUGGUGUUCUUCAUCUACCUUUACCAGCGCUGGAUCUAUCGGGUUGAUCCCAACAGAGUCAAUGAGUUUGGCACCAGUGGAGUGGACCACACUCAGAACAGCACAGCAGAGGCAGCAAAUGCUGUAGCUGUCAUGGAUAAACCAGAGGGGGAGAAGAAAAAUGAUUAAGCGAGACUUCACACUUAUCUUCCUCCUGGUUCUCACUGCUGGGGUGGAGAGGACUUGUUGAGGUUCAGCAGAGAAAGACGUGUGGGUUUAGUUGACAUGAACGUUGCUACAAAAAAAAAUAAACAGACAAAAGAAAAAAAUUCAGUUUAACUAUCCUCUGAUUCCUGUGUGGAUGCACACAGUCAUGUUCACUGUGGACUUGGUCAAUUCAUGUCUGUUUCGGUCUAUCCCAGCCCUCCCAACUUGCAAUUCAAGUGAAGUAAAACAAAAUGUAAUGUACUGUACUGUAAGAUUUUUUUAUUUUUAUUUCAGAGGGUAACAGUUCAACGUGAGUAAACUAAGAGGGUAACUUGGUCACAGUUAUGUUAUUUUCUUUUUUUCAUGCAUCAUUUCUCAAGAAAGAGGCCAAGAGCAACUUUUGAUCUUCGUGUAGAUUCCUUGUGAAUUUUUCUUUUCAUUCCAUGUGAGAGCCGUGUUUCAAGUUGCCUGGAAACUGGAAAGACCCUGAACCACACUGGAGGCUCAGAAACAGACAUGGUGACUGGCAAUGUGAUGACUACUACCCUGAAUUUUAAAAUGAAUGGUUAAUGUUCUAAACUUAAACAAGAAAAAAAUAACAGCCUUGUUGGUAUUAAUAUAAAUAUAUUAAUAUUGUCAAUGAUCUCAUUUUUUUUGUUUCACAAACACCUUUUUAAUGUCCUAAAACUGUACAGACUCAUUAACAAUGUCAAAACCAUCUUGCAGUAGCUUAUAUGCAAGUCUGUUUUUUAUUUCCCUUGAAAAUCAGUGUCCAGUUUUGAAAUACUACAGCUUCUGCAUCAGAUCACUUUGAUGGACUGGAGCUUGUCAAAUGGAUUGGAUCAAUGUCUUUUUUUAAUUAUUUUGCUGUAAAUCCAGAAAGGAAAAGGCUUCUAUGUUGGUAAAUCAUUUUUUUCAGCAUUCAUGUUUAUAGUAAAAAAAAAGAAAAAAAAGUGUGAUUUCAAAUGUC